AUUAUGCUAUCGGGGAAGUGCCACCCUUUAGAAACUAAAGAAGUGGAAGACAAAUGGGAGGAAUUAAGUAUGUUAUUAAACUCUGUUGACAGUGGAGCCCGGAAGGACAAAAAGCAAUGGAAAACUUUUCUUUAUGAGUGGAAAUCAAAAACAAAAAAGAAGGCUCGGCAACAAAGAUUAAACAUUACAAAAACUGGAGGUGGUGGCUACAUAUGUAGCAGCCUAACAAACCUAGAAAAUAGGUUAAUGGGUAUUUUAGGAUGGAUACAUGUUAUUGGAUGCCCUGAUCUUCCCCCUGAAGUGGAGCCAAGACAAGAAGAUUCCGCCGCACCAGAAAUACCUGUUAAUAGUGUGGAAUGUGUUGAAGCAGAGAUUGGAAUGGAUGGUUAUUUAUCAGUGCCAUCCACAUCUGGGACAUUACUUUCAACACCAUUACUGAAUACAAGAAAUAUUAAAAAGAAGUUUGGGACCAAUAGGCAUGUCACUGCUACCAGCAACUUGGAGAAAUCUGCUAAGUUCUACUCAGAAAGCACACAGGAAAUGGCAGCUGCAAUAAAGGAAAUGGCAAAUGCUAUCUGUCAGCUAGCAGAGGCAUUUUCAAAAAUAGCGGGUGCAGUUUCUAAAAACCAAGAUGCAAAAAACUCUGAUGCUGCUGUGUGAAACAAACUAAUAUAUUUUACAUACAUAGUACUAUUAUUAUUAUUAUUAUUAUUAUACGUAAUACUAUUUUCAUACAUAUAUUAAUCAUCUUGGUAUGUAGGUAUG